AUGGUAAAAGAGACAAAUCCCGGCAGUUACAUACAUGUUGACCAGAAUGAGGGGAGGUUUUCGAGACUCUUUGUUUGUUAUGCUGCAUGCAUCAAAGGUUUCUUGAGUGGAUGCAGACCCCUUCUAUUUUUGGACGGUACAUUUUUGAAGGAUCGAUAUAAAGGUAUUCUCCUCUCGGCCAUAGCAUACGAUGGGAACCAAGGUAUAUUUCCCUUAGCGUAUUGCAUAUGUGAUCAAGAGAAUUUGAUGAAUUGGAAGUGGUUCCUCCAAGGUCUAUGGUCCAUACUUUAUGAGAGGACUGACCCUUACAAUCCUCCCCAUCAAUUGGUUAUAAUUUCUGAUGCGGACAAAGGAAUUAAAGAAUCAGUAAAAGAGUAUUUUCCAGAAGCUCUACACUCGAGGUGUGUUCUACAUCUUGUUGAAAAUUUCAGGUUAAAGCUUAAGGACUUGGGUAUGAAGUCGAAGGACACUCAUGUUCUGGGGAACUUACUCCAAAGUGCUUGUUAUAAAUACACAAUAGCAAAAUGGAAUGAGUACAUGAAAGAGAUAUAUGACAUGGAUCCAAGGGCAUACAACAUUGCUAUGAACUACUCUCCUGAUCAAUGGACAAAUGCAUUCUUCCUGGGAAUAAGGUAUGGGCACAUAAUGGUCCGAAUGAGUAAUCGCCGGUUACUUGCAGAUAAAUGGGUUGGAUAUCUCUGUCCAAAAGCAGAGAUGGUGCUUAAAGAAAAUAUAGAGAAAGGUCGUCCAUUGGAUGUUAAGUAA